AUGAACGCACUCGCUGCGAAAGACAAAUUUUUUCAACAACUACCAGACGCAACUGGGAAGCUAGGUGCAUCCACUCAUCAGAAAUGCACAGCAGCAUUGAGGUGUCUAGCAUAUGGAUCAGCAUCUGACGCAGUCGACGAGUACAUCAAAAUUGCUGAAUCAACAGCAAAGGAGUGCCUUGUGCACUUUGUGCAAGGAAUUCGAAAAGUUUUUACGACCGAGUACUUAAGGAGGCCUACAGUAACCGACUUGCAACGCCUCUUACGUGACGGGGAAAGGCGGGGUUUUUCUGGAAUGAUGGGCAGCAUAGAUUGCAUGCAUUGGCAAUGGAAAAAUUGCCCACGAGCAUGGAAAGGGUUGUAUCAAGGUAGGUCCAAAUCUGCAACGGUAAUUCUAGAAGCCGUGGCCUCCGGAGACUUGUGGAUAUGGCAUGCAUUUUUCGGAACACCGGGAACUUGCAAUGAUAUCAAUGUAUUGGCACGCUCUCCGGUGUUUGAUGAUCUUUAUCAAGGAAGAGCUCCUGAGGUCACAUUUAAUGUGAAUGGUAAUACCUAUAAUAGGGGAUAUUACCUAACAGAUGGGAUCUACCCUAAAUGGGCAGUGUUCAUGCCAGCAAUUCGACUCCCACUAUCUCCCGUCGAUGAGUUGUUCACCAAACGUCAAGAAUCAGUUCGGAAAGACGUCGAACGUGCGUUUGGGGUUUUACAAGCACGCUUUGCAAUAAUACAAAGGCCAUCACUCAUUGGGAUGAACACUUAA